AUGUCUAUUGUGGAGCGCAACGAAGCGGCGUUACAGCGGGCCCAUCGAUCAGCAGAUGCAGCUAGGGCACGAUCGACUGAAGACUGGGUUUACAUACAGCAGACAGAGCCGGAUGGACCGCUAGAGUCGUUCGAAAUACCCGACGAAGGGCGGAUCGAAGGCGCAGCCUUGUCCGACGUGCCGGCAACCUCUCUCGCUUCAGCACGCUGCGCUUGUCUGCAAUGGGUCGAUAGAGAUGAAGCAGGCAAAGGGCAUUGGUCCAUAUCUGCAAGUCAAGACUCCUCAGCCAUCGAGGAAGACACCUCCGACGACAGCGACUCACCCCUCUCCGACUCCGCCUCAACGAAUCGUUCCACCAUCCAUCGGUACUUCCACCUUGCCCGACAGGUCUCCAUCCAAAGAGAGCGUCUUUCAGAGCUCCAAGCCGACAUAGAGGAGAUGGCAAUGGCACACGGAGACAUUGAUUCCAGCAUCUUGUCGAACCACGAGAAGCUCGCACAGGCUCUCGCCAUUGCCCAGCACGAUCUUUUCAAGCAGAAGAUCGCAUGUCGACUCGAGGGACUCGACCCGGAGAUGUUCAGAUACCGACGCAUUUCCUCCCACCACAACUAG